UCCUCAUUCCCAUAAAAGUACAUCAAUGGCAGGCAAAAAACGAGGCGAAAUCCAGCUCCAGACAGUCAUCAACACUCAGAGCCAAUGGGAUGACAUGUUACUGAACAAAGGUUUAACAGUGAUUGACGUUUACCAAGCCUGGUGUGGCCCUUGCAAAGCUAUGCAGCCUUUAUUCAGGAAAUUGAGAAAUGAGCUGAACGAAGAUGAUAUCCUGCAUUUUGUUGUGGCAGAAGCUGACAACAUUGUAACUCUGCAGUCAUUCAGAGAAAAAUGUGAGCCUCUCUUUCUCUUUAGUCUGAAUGGCAAAAUCAUUGCAAAAGUGCAGGGUGCAAAUGCACCCCUUGUUAAUAAAAAAGUCAUUAGUCUGAUCAAUGAAGAAAGGAAAAUAUUGGAUGGUGAACUGGCCCGUCCUCAGUAUAGUGAAGUUCCACUCUCAGACACAUUAGGAAAGGAUGUUAAGGGAUCAAACUAUGAAAAUCUUGGGGAAAUAUACAGUAUUGUUGUGAUCAAACCUGAUGCUGUGAAUAGCAGAAAAACUCCACAAAUUAAAAAAAAACUUAUCAGUGCAGGAUAUGUCAUUGAAGCAGAGGAGAAAAAGAUGUUCACUGAGGAAGAAGUAAAGAAUUUCUUCAGUCAAAUGGCAGAGGAGCCUGACUUUGAAGAAUUUUUGUCCCUUAUGACGUCUGGCCUCAGCUAUAUUCUAGUUGUUUCUGUGGGAACAGAAGAUAAGUAUUCUUUGGAGGAGAUUACAUCUCAGACUACGAUAGAAGCUAAAGAAUCAUCUGAUUCUCAGAAUGAGAGUGAAGCUCAGCCCACACCUGAAAUGAUAAAGCAGAAACGGGACAGCCUGCGAGAAUAUUUGGAACAGCAGCAUAUAUCUCAGUUUUGUGAGACUGAAAAUAUUCCUGGUAACGUCACUAAGUUCCUGGACACCUUCUUCCCCAAUAUUAGAGAAAUGCAAGCCAUCAAGUUACAAAGAACAUUGGCAUUACUGAAGCCUGAUCUUCUCCAUGAAAGAAAAGAUGAUGUUUUGAAUAUAAUUAACAAUGAAGGAUUUAAAAUACUGAUGCAAAGAGAACUAGUCUUAUCAGAAGAAGAGGCCAAAGCACUGUGCGAGGAAUAUGAAAAUGAAGACUAUUACGAAAAACUUAUACCAUAUAUGACCAGUGGUCCUUCUCUUAUCCUUGUUUUAUUGAGAGAAAAUGGCUUAGAAUACUGGAAACAGUUACUGGGACCAAAAUCUGUUGAUGAUGUCAGUGAAUAUGCCCUAGAGAGUUUGUGUGCACAGUUUGCAACAGAAGAAUUGCCCAUCAACCAGUUAUAUGGAAGCAAUUCCCCUGAUACUGCUGAACGAGAAAUAGAGCACUUCUUUCCUCUCACGAGCACGCUAGCAAUAAUUAAGCCUCACGUAUCACAUGAACAAAGAGAGGAGAUCUUGAAGCUCAUUAAGGAGUCAGGAUUUGAUAUAACUAUGAUGAAACAGCUGAUCCUAACUAAAGAGGAUACAGAUGAAAUUUAUUUCACAGUCACAGAAAAAGACUUUUAUGCGGACCUGGUGAAAGCAUUCACUGAGGGCCCUUCGUUGAUUAUGGUUCUGACCAAGUGGAAUGCUGUUUUAGAGUGGAGACUAAUGAUGGGUCCAGUAGAUCCAGAAGAAGCAAAGCUGCUGUCCCCAGACUCCCUCCGAGCUAGAUAUGGAAUCAGUAUUUUGAAGAAUGCUGUCCAUGGAUCCUCAAAUGACUUCGAUGCAACAGCGUGCAUAGAUAAAUUGUUUGCAAUGGAUAGUCCUGAGAUUGCAUAGAGUAACUACAGUAGGACUUGAUAGUGCAUGAGAUAAAGUCAACAAAACUGUGUAGCAUGGCUUCUGGAGGAAGGAAUAAGAAUACAAUCUGCAGAGAAAAACUCAUCAUCUCAAGAGGAAAAAAAUAUGCCUAUGCAAAAUAAUAAAAACUAACUGAAACAGAUCUGCAUAUAUAUUUUUUUACCUUUCUUCUAAAAAUGACUUUUGAGUGGUAUACAUAAAUGCAUAGAGCAAGAUGUAAUGAAAAUACAAAAUAAUUGGAAGCACGGAAUAGGGAGAAGUGUAGUAUAGGUUAGAUCUUGAAGCCUGGAAUGGAAGUAUGUAUAAAAUGACUAUUACAAAACCCUUAAGUUUAGAUAUUAGUUAAAAAUCAGACCCCACAAUGGAAUAUUUUUCACCCAUCAGGAGGAAUGAUGUUACAUCAUUUGCCAGGAAAUAGAUGAGCCUGGAAAUUUUUACCUUCAGUCAGCAAUGCUCAAAGUGACAAAGGGUGCAUUUUGUUUCUCAUAUGUGGUAGUAAGAUCUAAAUUAUAAACAUAUAUGAAAAUAUAUGUAGGCUGUAUACAUAGAUACACAAGUGUACUGUUGCAUAGUGUACAUAAGGAAGAAUUUCAAUAGUAUAAUUCAUUUGAACAAACACCUUAGAGUUUAACCAAAUGAAAACCAGGAAACUGAAACAUGUUUUAUCUAAGGGGGAGGUGUGAAGAGGCGAAGGCAGGUACAUGAAUGGAGAAACAGGUGAAGGAUUGGAAAAUAGUCAUCAUAUUCCAUGGAUGGAUGUGAGAGUACAGCCAGGUAGCUUGAGGGAAUGAGUGGUUGGCAGAGAUGUUGACGAGAAUGAGAGAAGGGAUGACUGAUCAAGAUGCAUUGUACUCACAGAUUGACAUAUUGAAUGGAAAGAAUUUAAAAUGCUUUCACAUUAUAUAUUAAGAAAAUGCAUUCUCUAAGAAUAUAUUGCAUGAGAGAAAGGAAUUGAGGGCAA